AUGAUCCUUACCACCCUCCUCGCCCUCUUUCUCGCUCUAGCAGCAACCACCACCACUGCCCUCCCUGCCGCCGAAGUCUCCUCUGACCCUCUCACCAACGCCACCACCCUCACCACCCGUGACGACAAGCACUGGGCAUGCCUCAACUUCUCCCCCGCCAUCGACCAAUCCUCCAGCGCCUCCCCCAAAUGGGGCGACUGUCUCCAACUACGCGCCAACAUCGACUCGGGCGGGUCGUGGACAUUCUGGUCAGGCCGCCAGACGGUCAUCGCCUCGUAUGGGUCCUGCGUCAUCGGUGUUGAGACUGCCAAGGGCACGUUGGCAGGGACCUUGACACAGAUAGGAAAUAUCGAUUUAAUCCAGAUUGUUGAGUACACCGAGGCCAUGAUCAUUCACCAGGGCGGAAAUCGGGUGGCUACGGGCAAGAAUGGGAAGAAGUGGGUGAAAUGGGAUGCCAAGGUGGGGAGUAAAGGGACGAUGGAGUGUUUUCAGUUGGCGUUGAGAAGUAACAAGUUUGCGGUUAAUUGGGGACUGUAUCAUACCUAG